GGUCCAGCAGGUGAGGACAGGGUGCUGUGGGGGAGGAGGGACCCCUGGGUCCUGACCGGCACCUUAUCGGUGGUGCCAGGUGGGGCCAUCCCCAGGGCGGGGGAAGCAUCUCCCUGAGCCCUGUUAUCAGUCCCAGAGUCCACAGGACGCUCCUCGGGUUAACGUGUAACCACACGCUGUCCCCUCCACCCCCAAAGCCGCCUGUGCCCACAUACGCACCUGUCUGGGGGGGGUCAUAGGCCGACAUGGACGCCUGGGAAGAGGGUCUGUCCCAAAAGCCUUGCUUCUCAGUCCAACAGCUGCACCUGUGCAGGGGGCUGAGCCCGUUCCUCCUCACCUGUGCCAUCUACUUCCUCCUCUGGAUCCCUGAAGACCAGCCGUCCUGGAUCAGCGCCCUUGUCAAGUGCCUGCCCGUCCUGUGCCUGGUGGUGUUCCUGCGGGCGGCGCGCUCGGACCGGGGCUACAGGGCGCUCCUGCAGGGGGCCCUCCUGUGCUCUGCCGUGGGGGACGCCUGCCUCAUCUGGCCUGAGGCCUUCCUCUAUGGCGUGACGGCCUUCACCGUGGCUCACCUGCUCUACCUCUGGGCCCUCGGCCUCACUCCCCUGCGGCCAGGCCUCCUGCUGCCCAUCGUCCCGGCCUUCCUCCUGUACAACGGCCUCGUGCUGCCGCACCUCCCCCCUGGCAUGGUCCCCAUGUUGGUGACCUACUCCCUGGUCCUGGCAUCCAUGCUGUGGCGCGGCCUGGCCAGGGGCGGGAGCGCCCGCUGGGGGGCCCUGCUCUUCACACUCUCGGAUUUGGUGCUGGCCUGGGACGCUUUCGUGCAGUCCCUGGCCCACGCCCGCCUGGUGGUCAUGACCACCUACUACGCCGCCCAGCUCCUCAUUGCCCUGUCCGCCUUCCAGAGCCCCAGGCUCAAGUCCCGCUGACCACGGCUCGCACCAGCAGGUAUCGGCCCCCUCCCCUCCCGCGAGGCCCUGGGCCUCCAGACUGACUGGUCUGGCCAGAGAAACCCCUGGGGGACAGCAGCCAGGCUCCUGGACUCCUGUCUGCAGGGGCCGGUCCACCCAGAGACACUUGAGAAUCCCCGGUACCACCAAGUUCCUGCCGCCUUCCCUCUGGCCUGAUUCUGGAUGCCAGACCCCUCAACCACACCCGCGUUGGGGCAACCCGCCUGCCUGCCACCUGCCUCCCACGUCCACCUGCCCCCUUCCCUCUGGCCCUAGUUUGCGUCCAGAAGUAAAGUGCCCGCUGGGAUGGAGCCAUCUCUAGUAUUUGGGGAGGGGCCCCGGGGGAGGGCUGCCCACAAUGACAACAAACGGUCCUUUCUCUUUUUCUUUCGUUAACAAACAUACCAUAUUAACCGUUUUUGAAUGUACGAUUCAGUGACAUUAAAUACAUUCACAGUGUUGUGCACUGAA